AUGAACCAUUCGAAGAAGCAUGACACCCCGACUGAAUGUCAUACAUGGGGCCAGCCCGGAGCGGAUUACCCUAACGAGGGACUUCAAACUUCCCCUUCCGAUCGGCAACACAUAGGAGGUUGGACUGGCCAUGACCAACGGAGUACCGACAUCACUUCGGGGUGCCCUGAGACCCAUCACAUCGUUCAGAGCCGUCCCCCUCAGCCUCACGAGUCUCAAACAUCGCCACCAAGCCAAUAUAAAACUGAGGAUUAUGUCCCAUUGGACCAUUACCUCAAGCAAAGCGUUCGGGAUGAGCCAUGGAACUCGGUGCAUGUCCAGCACAAGCAGUCUUGA